GCCAGUAGAGAUGUCUACUAACGUAAUGAUGCCGCCUUUUCCCUCCGCGUCGCGCCCGUUCUCCUUGUCCUUGUUUAGACCCUCCUGCUCCUUGUUGUGUAGGGCGGCAGUCGGUCAGUUUCACCGCACGUUCCACUCGUCUCCGGCGGGCGCAGCGCGCGGGAGGACGCCGAGUUGGCUGCCCGAGGCGGCAGGAGUCGAGGGGACCGCUCAAGUGGUGCCACGUGGAGGCUCGUCCUUGCACCCGCGUCCAUGCUCAUCACGCCAGCAUGAGAGGUUUGUAGCGUUCCAAAACGGCUUGCGCAAGCAGGAGGCAACAGGGAAUUGCCGUGGCGGCGGUGGCAGCAGUACUAUUUAUUGUCUGCUGCCAUCAUCCUCGUCUUGUCGGCAGCCGACGAUCGGUAGUGGUAAUGGGUUGAGUUCGGCCUCGGAUCGCGGCUGCGCGGGUUCGAGUGCAGUAGCCUCGAGUGAAAUCGGCGGCGGCGGCUGCUCGGCGUUCUGUGGGAGAGAAGACGCCAGCGGGGGUCACGUGCGCGGCGGGUUGCCGUCUGGGUUCCUUCGUUGUAGAGGAGGGAAUCUCCGGGGGAGCUGGAAGCGUUCCCCCUCUUGUUCUUCGGCUCAUGGUGGUUCUUGCUACACUCAUGCUUCUGGUCAGAGUGAUACCGGCUUGCUGAGAACUUCGACGGGCGGAGUGGGAAUCAAAGGGCCAGAUCGUCUUCGGCUAUCGAACGGGGUAAGUGGCCAGCGAGGCAUUCUAGCCUGUUCUGUGCAGCUCGGAAGAGAGGGGAUAGGUAUGGCGGAAGCUGGUGCGGAUGCUGCGGCCGUGCUUCCUCCGGGUGGCGGCGAUGGCGAUUCGGCAGCCAGCGCUCAGCAGAUCAAGGCCGUUGAAUUUGUCAAGGAUGGGAGUGUCAGACAAUUGCUAUCGGAACUUGUGGCGGAAUCCCUGAAGACAACUUUUCCCGAUCUCGCAAAGAAUGUGGCGCCUGUCGUUGUCCCGUGCAACAAUGCUGCAUUUGGUGAUUACCAAUGCAACAAUGCGAUGGCUUUGUUUGCCCAAGUCAAGGGCAAAAAUUCCAACUUCAAGAAUCCGCGUGCUGUUGGGGAGGCUAUCAUGAAAAAUCUACCGGAGACUCCGCUGAUAGAAACUACCAGUAUUGCUGGCCCAGGCUUCAUCAACAUUAAGCUGUCGAAGUCGUGGCUAGAGCAGCGCUUGGAGAUGAUUCUCCAGGAUGGACUCAACUCCUGGGCCCCUGUAUUGCCAGUGAAGAGAGUGGUAGUGGAUUUUUCGUCCCCUAACAUUGCCAAGGAAAUGCACGUGGGGCAUCUGAGGUCGACUAUCAUCGGAGAUUGCAUCAGCCGAAUGUACGAGUUCUGUAAGGUUGAAGUUUUGCGCAGAAAUCACGUUGGUGACUGGGGAACGCAGUUCGGGAUGCUUAUUCAAUCUCUCUUUGAGCAAAAUCCAGAUUGGAUGAACCAAGGCGACCAAGCGAUCGGCGAUCUUCAGAAUUUCUACAAGGCGGCGAAGGUGAGGUUUGACCAAGAUCCAGAGUUCAAAGAAAGAGCCCAGCAAGCAGUAGUUCGGCUACAGGGUGGAGAUGAGCAAUCAAGGUUGGCAUGGAAGAGAAUAUGCGAGAUCAGCCGUAAGGAGUUCCAAGAGAUUUACGACAAGCUGCACGUUCAAAUUGAAGAAAAGGGAGAGAGCUUCUAUAACCCUCUCAUUCCUUCGGUGCUUGACCAAUUGAAUGAGAAGGGCCUCACAGAAAUGAGUGAGGGUGCACUCUGCAUCUUUGUACCAGGUCACAAUGUCCCUCUCAUUGUACGGAAGAGUGAUGGAGGUUUUAAUUAUGCAUCAACAGACCUGGCUGCCCUCUGGUACCGUAUGAAGACGGAAAAAGCGGAGCAUGUAAUUUAUGUCACAGAUGUUGGACAGAGCUCGCACUUUGCCAUGGUUUUCAAGGCAGCUGAAAUGGCAGGAUGGCUAGAAGAAGUGCAGGAUGAUGGGGAUGUAGAGGGAAGAGAUGAAGAUGGCGCGAGUGGAUACGCUGCAGUAGCUGCAAAUAACGGAAAGCUGGAGGGCAAGAAAGAGAAGAGCAAGGUCCAGUUGCGCCACGUUGGCUUUGGGCUGGUUUUGGGUUCGGAUGGCAAGCGAUUCAGGACCCGUAGCACAGAGGUAGUACGGCUUGCUGACCUGCUGGACGAAGCCAAGAACAGGUCACAGGUGGAGAUUCGCCAAAGACUGGAGGAAAGAGGUGAUUUGAAGAACUGGACAGAGGAAGAGAUGGAGCAUGCAGCGAAGGCCGUUGGCUAUGGUGCUGUGAAGUAUGCCGAUCUGAAGGUCAAUCGCUUAACGAACUACACAUUCUCAUUUGAGCAGAUGCUAGAUACCAGGGGUAAUACUGCGGUCUAUUUGCUCUAUGCACAUGCACGAAUCUGCUCGAUCAUAAGAAAAUCAGGGAAAGAUGUGGAAGAGUUAGUAUCUGAGGCAGGAGUAUUGAGAUUGGAGCAUCCAAUGGAGAGGCAAUUGGCACUAUGCUUAGUCCGCUUUUCGGAUGUCGUGGAGUCUGCAAUUAAUGAUCUCUUGCCAAAUCAAGUGUGCGAGUAUUUGUACGACUUGUCGUGCAAAUUCACAGAUUUCUAUAGCACAUGCAAUGUCAUUGGGAGCCCGGAGGAGAGAAGCAGACUCUUGAUCUGCGAAGUGACUGCAAGGGUGAUGAGGAUGUGCUUCCAGCUUUUGGGUAUUACCCCACUUUACAGGCUUUGAUCCUCUAUUUCGAUCCUCUGUUCACGAGCUUUGAUGAGAUGAUGAGAUCGACAUAUUUACAGCCCAGCGGCGUUGGUCGCUGAUUACAAUUUUGAAUUGACUCUAUUGUGUGUAGCUCUUCACUUUGGGGUUCCGUAUUCUUAACCUUUUCUCUCUUUGUUGGCGAACUCGGUGUGAUGGGUCCGCUGUCUUACUCAAUUAGCAGAUCCCGGUUUGGCGCUUUAUUUUCACUUCGUGGUGCGAUUUUGACUUGACCUAUUGUGUUAUAGCUCUCAGUUUUGACAAUUUUGAGUGUUGCCAUCCUGUUAAUGUGUUAGACUCGUCACCUUCGAUAAAAAAAUCUGAAAAUU